AUGGCAUCGGUCGGUGAUGUCGCGUCUCUUAUUCUGAGGCUUUCUGAUUUGGUGGAGUGGUGCCAAGGUAUCCAUCUUGGACCAAAAGAAAGACAAGCCUUUCUGGAACAAAUUGACCUAAUUCGUUUCAUGUUCAUGGGUCUUAGAGACAAUCAAUUACUGGUGAUUGCGAGUACUUCAGAGCAUGAACAGCUCAAGUGGACUAUUGAUCUAGUCGAUCCCAAGCUGGAGGGUCUGCAAUCCCAACUCGGCAGAAGCUCCAAGCGUUGGAAGGAAUACUUCAAGCGACUUCAACGGUCGACGAAAAAGGCCGAAGUCCAAGCCAAGAUUGCCAGUCUAAGGCAAACAGCCCAAGAUAUCAAAUCCUUGCAGGAUAUUGCCAAGAUUGGACAAGACGAAAGAGAACGGAUAAGGGACUGGCUUGAGCCCAGUCUUGCAAAGAAACUUCACGAUACAAACUAUAUUCAGCACCUUGCAAAUGGCACCGGAGAAGGAUUGUUACAUUCGCAGGAAUUCAAGACUUGGUUGUCUGCCAAGAAUGGUGUACUUUGGUGCAACGGAAAUCAGGGCUCUGGCAAGACUGGACAAAUCAAGGUCAUUGAACAGUGGUUCCGUGAUCCUAAAAAUCGGUCCCGCUAUGAAUUUGCGGUUGUGUACUGCGCUGACGAGGAACUCCGAAGUGUACAAGACCCAAUGGAUGUCAUCAUGAGUUUAUGGUCCCAGCUUGUCCCUGAAAAGGGCCUGUCCCAGCUCAAGUUUACGCAAGAGUCGCUGAAGCAAUUGAUCAUGGCUCAUAGGAAUGGUGGGCACCUGAUGCUAUCACGAGAAGAUGCAACUAGACUAAAGAUGGAUAUUCUCUGCUAUCACAUUGAGCACUCCAGGCCGACGGUCUUGAUCCUUGACGGACUCGAUGAAGUACCAUCUAGUACUCCACUACAACAGGAGAUAGUAAGGCUACUGAUGGAAGUUCAAGAGAGAUCCAACAACUGCCAUCUUCUCUUUGCAUCCCGUCCAUAUAUCAGUAUCCAUACGAUAUUCAACCACCACGCCCAUCACUGCACCUUCUUCAACUACAAACUCAGAGUCAGCGAGCUUGACCUCAAGAAGUAUGUAGAGGAACAAGCCAGAAUCAACUACUGGAAGAUUGGGAACCAGCAAGACUCGAUCCAACGUGUUGUUGAUGUACUUGUUCCAAAGUGCAUUGGCGAAGAAUCAUUCCUUUUGGCGUCCUUUUACAUGAACGAAAUUCUAAAGACGAAAGAUCUCCUUCAACUAGAUCGGACCCUCAAGAGUCUACCCAAGACCCUAGGCGGCACUUAUGCGACCGGUCUUCGAAGGUUAUCAAAAGAAUGUCCAGAACCCCAAGAUGGACUGCCAUGUAAAGCUAUUCAGGCGCUCUAUUGGGUGACUUUCGCGAAGCGACCGCUGAGACCAGAGGAGUUGGAACAUGUUCUUGCCAUUUACGAGGAUGAGAGCUACACUGAUCUCAAUCGGGACGGGUUGAUGUCGCUCAAGGCCAUUGAGUCACUGUGUUCCGAACUCCUGGUCGUUGAUUCUGCCACUGCGCAGGUUACUGUAGGGCACAAGACAUUGGCGGACCACCUAAAGCACCCAGAGACCAUCAAGGAAUGGUGGCCCAACCGAUGUCCGAACGAGUACAUGGCGUCGAUACUGAUGAAGUACCUCUCUUUUGAAUGCAUGAAGCGUUCCUCCGGCACUGGCUCCAAAAAGGACACUCUCGACAGACAACUGCCACUGCUUCAGUACGCAUUGCAAUACUGGGGAGAUUACUUGGCAGACGUACGAGGGAGCGCUGCAAUAUGGGAUCAGACAUUUGACUUUCUGACGGGACCCUCACAAGACUGGAAUAGGAACAUCAAGAUGAAGGCCGCAGAUCUAGUCGCUCAGAGGGGCGAGACCUGGGUUUUGCGUCGCACUGCUGCAGUGAGCCCAGGAAACCUGAGUCCUCUCCAUUGGGCAGUCAACUUUAACUUUCUCGCCCUCGUCCAACGGCUUUUCGAGCACGAGAAAUGCCACAGCAAUGACAAUCCCGUCUCGAUAAGUCCUCUGGGACUCGCAGUCUCUCAGGGUCGGCUGGAAAUGACGCGCUGCUUGAUCGAAAAUGGGGCAGAUGUCAAUGACAAGGAGCCGGUAAACCGGGACCGCCGACCUCCGCUCUACGAUGCUGCCUUCUGCGGUAGUAUAGCUUGUGCUAAAGCCCUUCUCGAUGCUGGCGCAGACUGCUCGGCAAGAAAAGAGGACAAUGAAGAGUCCGUUCUUUGGGGUAUCUACUGGGUUGAUCGAAUCGAGAUUGCCAAGAUGGUGGCUGACGCGAUAAGUCGCAAUGAGCAAGCGACGGCAGAGGGUCUAGAGUUUCUCGUCAAGGGAGGGUUCGCGCAUCAACUUGAACAGGCACUGCGUCGAGGACAGGACGUGAACCUCGUCUGCCACAACGGGAAGCGUGCUCUCGACUACGCCUACGAGCUUGACAAUCGGGAGCUGAUUGAUAUAUUAAAGAGCCAUGGAGCAGUCACCCGACUGCGAUGGCCUGCAUUUCAGCCGAAAUCAUCCGCGAUGCCCCAGAAUCUCCCCGAGGCCCAGCCCGCGGGGCCGGCGCUGAUAAAGCAAACGUCGUUCAAGGAAGGCGGACGCAUCUACCAGUCGUGGGGCCAUGUCGUGUUGGAUGUCACCAUUGACGAGACGUGCCAACUUCCGGUUCGCAGUCUGGUGUUUGAGACCGUUUCCAGCGACCAAGGUUGGAGCGCCGGCACCGGCAAGGGCACAUAUCUCGGCAGCGCCCACGGCAGCUCCUUUGUGGUUCGCAUCCGCAAUCAGGACAAGGAGCACGAGUUCGCGCUGCAGCACAACGUGCACGCGUCUAGACAGCCCAGAUUGCAUACCAAUGUAUGGAAUCUGAGCGACCUUGAAGAGACUUUUCCCGUGCGAGCGCAAUGUAUCAAGGCCAUGAAGCAUGGAAGUUCGGUGCAGAUUGUGGCGAAUGCAAAGGGUCAGGGCUGGAUAAACAAGGUGCAAUUCGCCAGAGUGCGAGUGUACAGUGAGGAGGUGAAUUUGUAA